GAGCAAGGCGGUUUGCUCGAGUAUCUGGUCUACCUGUUCCUACCGUCUGGAUAUUUUAACAACUUAUCUGUUUUCUUGUUUGUUUUAACACAUCAUUAUGCCUAUAAGUCUCAUAUCCUAUUCGGGAGCGUUUGUGAAAAAUUUACGACAUUUCGCUGUACAAGUUACAAAAGAGCUCAAUCAGAGACAUCAUGGUUACUGGCAGUAUGCAUGGAAAAGGAUAUACAUUUAUCAGGUGCCGAUUUCUGAACUGCUAACAUCUAACUGGCGAUCACUUAAUAUUUAUCGCAAGAACUGCAGCUCUUGGCAAUUAAAAUUGAAAUGCUAAACGACCGAUGCUCAAGCUUCCGCUAUUAAUAUAAUAUCAAUAUAAUAUUGUACAAUAAUACGCUUUUCCUUUGAAAUUAAACCAUUUAAAUAUAUACUGCUAGUCCCGUCUAUUGCAGUUUCACUGUGGUUUCUUGUGGAAAUAAAGGCGAAUAUAGGAUACCUUUUCGCUAAUGCCAAUGAUGAUAUAAAAGUUGGAUCAAAAACAGGCAAUUUUGUGUGCAUUUAAGCGGAAAAUAGGCAAUCCCGCGUAAAUUCAGGCGAAAAGUAGACAAUUUGGCGGAAAUUUAUUCAAAAAGUAGACAAUUCGGCGAAUAUUUAGGCGAAAAGUCGACAAUUUGGCGUACAUUUAGGCGAAAAGUAGACAAUUAGGUGAAAAUUAGACAAUUUAGGACAAAAGGAGGAAAUCCGCAUUAUUUCCCCCGGACAGGCGAAAAAGGCGACAUUUUAGCGCGUUUUCCCCUUUCUUUACCAAAGCAUUUUCCCCUUUUUUCGCCUUUAUUUCCACUUUAUUGGUUGAUUGGGUGACCAAGAAAUAAGAAAGGGAAAUUUGUUGAAAUACUUUGUGCUGAGAAUUCUAUAUUGUACCAAAAAUAUAAUAUUGAAUAAAGCCACUAGUAAUAAUAAUAAUUUCAACGUAUUAUACUAAACAAGCGAUUUGGAAGCUGGAUUGAUUUUGAUAGUGCUCUAAAGGAUUUUCAAAGGGUAUGUAACAAAAAUUCUAUGUUUUUUCAGAUUACCCAUACUCACUAUGUUCACACAGAAAGUAAAUUGUUGAAGGAUGUGAGGUUUAAAUACUUGUUUGUGGUGUUUCAUUGCACGUUUGGUCAUAAACGUAAAUCCGAAGGUCUGUUGGUGAGUAAAAAACCGUGAGGACUUAAACUAAUAUGUUACAUUUUAGGUCUAAGUUUAUAAACUGCCAAUCUAGGUUUUGUAUAAGAUUGGAAGUUCAAGAAUACGUUAUAAAAUCUCACAUGUCUCACAACCAUCCUUGUAGUAGUUCAUGGAUGGUUUGUAAUGCUUGGAGUAGAAGAUUGUCAUCCGAAGAAAAAGAAAACUUCAAGCCAGUAAUAUUGCACGCUCAGUCAACAGAUGAAGUUAUAGAAAGUACUAAGGAGAGAACUGGUAAGCAGAUUACCGCUGCUGAUGUCAAAACUAUGAAAGCUAAACUCUCAACUGGUAAGUGUAUAGAAAUAUAUUUCAGGUUGUACUCGAAUGCAUGUGCUGCGACAAAACGGUGAAGUUAGGGAGCAUGUAGAAAAUCGAUAUAUUACAAGAAUGUGCUUCAGCAGUUACGGUUGUACAAUCUAUAUCCUGAAGUCGUGUGUAUUGAUUCGAAUUAUAAUACCAAUAAUAAAAAGUGGUUGCUCUCUUUGUUACAUUGCACUUUGUAGAUAUUCCUUAUUCCAGUUGGUCGUAACAGACAAUUUUGGUCGUGGGCGGCCUGUAAUAUUUUGUUGGACGAAAAAGGAAAUGUGCGCAGAUGUCACGUGGAUUCUAGAGAAAUUCAAAGAGGUUAUAGGAAAUACAUCGAAAACCCAGACCUUUGUUAUAGAUUGCGCACGAGCAGAAAGCGCAGCUGUUCGUAUCACACACUCUAAUGAUAACAUAAUUUUGUGCGUCUUCCACGUAUGUCGCGCUUUCCGCAAAAAAGUAGAUCAAUGUUGAUUAACAUAAAAUUGCCUUUAGACUCACAACAAAAUAUUGAGAACGUACUUAACUCGACUAGUAACUGCAGAAACGGUUGGAAGGUAUUUUUUGAAAUAUAUUUAUUCAGCAGAUUUAAUCAAUAUUUCAGAAUAAUUAACCAAAGAGAUAGGCAACUAGGUCAAUAUCUUCAUUGAUUUUGGAUGUUGCGCAAAAGUAUGUUAGCGCUCGCGUUUUACGGCAAUGUUUUAACGCUGAGCAAUAACACAAAUAACCGUGUAGUCUCUCAACCGUCAGAUAAAAAGGUAGGUGAGGAGAACAGAUAGUUUAUAUAAAUGUAUAUACCAAGUUUUCAAGUAGAGUGUAAUGACAUCCUCUAGGAAAAGCAUUGAAGAUCAAAUACUAGCCGCAAGGUCGUGUACAUAUGAUGCUUCACAGCGUUUAGUUCCGUUGCUGAACAUGCUAACGCCAUUCGCACGAUCAAAAGUGUUAUACGAACUAAAAAAGUGCGUUUUGGUUAUGUGGAAUAUGAAAGUGGCGAUUGGUUAUUUACUUUUGACUGCGGAAAGCAUUAUAAAGUGGAUCUAAGCACUUGAGUGUAAUUGUAGAAUAUUUGUUACAUGCCGAUAUCCUUGCCUCCAUCUGCUACUGGCAUAUGUUAGAAGACAAACUCUUACAGCUCACCAAAUUCUUAGGCAUUUUUGUAGAUGGAAGUUAGAUAAUACCCACAACUUACCAAACAACACAACAGUUUCAUUACCGAUACUGAGUGAAGAAUAUAUACAAAUUCAACGACUCCAAAGAAUGUGCAGACGACAAAUUAUUGAGAAAUAUGUUGAACAAUUCGCGAAACAGGUUGAGAGAAAAGUCUACAAUUUUUACUUAAGAAUUAUCAACAACUAGACAGCACGUUCACGAUAAAAAGUUCUUUGUGGUUUUAUUUUUGAUUUCACUAUAAUUACAACUCGUAAACUUAUUUUUCUGCUUUAGUAGUCAUGACAUAUCAAUAAACUUUUGCUCAAUAUUUA